CAGCCUGAUUAUCACAUGACUAGACGACGGUAGCGGUGGCAGCCGGAGCGGCGGGUCCGCGGGCUCGCCGAGUGGGCUCAGUUCCGCGCACGCAGGAGCCGGGCGCAGGGGGCGGGGAAGCGACCCGCCGCAGCCGCCGCCCGCCAGCCGCUCCCGGGGCUCUCGCUGGCCCUCCCUAGCCGCCCGCCCGCUCCAUGUCGCCCGGUUGCGGAAGUGUCGCUGGGAGAGGUGGCGGCGGCGGCAGCCGGGAGCACGGGAGGCCGGGGCUCGCCCCCCUGCAGCACUGAGCUCCGGGAGCCGCGCGCUCCAGCGGCCCGGCUGGCUCCCCGUGCGCCCCGCACCCGCCGCAGCCUGCAUGCCCCGCGCUGCGCCUCGGCCGGCCGCCGCCUCCUGCUCGCCCAGCGGCUGCCCGGCGCCGGAGUAAUAUGCUCACUCGGGUGAAAUCUGCCGUGGCCAAUUUCAUGGGCGGCAUCAUGGCUGGCAGCUCCGGCUCCGAGCACGGCGGCAGCGGCUGCGGUGGCUCGGACCUGCCCCUGCGCUUCCCGUACGGUCGGCCGGAGUUCCUCGGGCUGUCUCAGGAUGAGGUGGAGUGCAGCGCAGACCACAUCGCCCGCCCCAUCCUCAUCCUCAAGGAGACUCGGCGGCUGCCCUGGGCCACGGGCUACGCAGAGGUUAUCAAUGCCGGAAAGAGCACGCACAAUGAGGACCAAGCCAGCUGCGAGGUGCUCACUGUGAAGAAGAAAGCCGGAGCCGUGACUUCCACCCCAAACAGAAACUCCAAGCGCAGGUCGUCCCUUCCCAACGGGGAAGGGCUGCAACUGAAGGAGAACUCCGAGUCCGAGGGCAUCUCUUGCCACUACUGGUCUCUGUUUGACGGCCACGCAGGCUCGGGGGCUGCUGUGGUGGCAUCGCGCCUGCUACAGCACCACAUCACACAACAACUGCAGGACAUCGUGGAGAUCCUGAAGAACUCGGCCAUCCUUCCCCCGACCUGCCUAGGGGAGGAGCCCGAGAGCACGCCGGCCCAUGGCAGGACCCUAACCCGUGCAGCCUCGCUGCGCGGAGGUGUAGGGGCCCCCGGCUCACCCAGCACACCACCCACGCGCUUCUUCACUGAAAAGAAGAUCCCUCAUGAGUGUUUGGUCAUUGGGGCCCUGGAGAGCGCCUUCAAGGAAAUGGACCUUCAGAUAGAACGAGAGAGGAGUGUGUAUAACAUAUCCGGAGGCUGCACAGCCCUCAUUGUGGUUUGCCUUUUGGGGAAGCUGUAUGUGGCGAAUGCUGGGGACAGCAGGGCCAUAAUCAUCAGAAAUGGAGAAAUCAUCCCCAUGUCUUCGGAAUUCACCCCUGAGACCGAGCGCCAGCGACUUCAGUACCUGGCAUUCAUGCAGCCUCACUUGCUGGGAAAUGAGUUCACACAUUUGGAGUUCCCAAGGAGAGUGCAGAGGAAAGAGCUCGGGAAGAAGAUGCUGUACAGGGACUUUAAUAUGACAGGCUGGGCAUACAAAACCAUUGAGGAUGACGACUUGAAGUUUCCUCUUAUAUAUGGAGAAGGCAAGAAGGCCCGGGUAAUGGCAACUAUUGGAGUGACCAGGGGACUUGGGGACCAUGACCUGAAGGUUCAUGACUCCAACAUCUACAUAAAACCAUUCCUGUCUUCAGCUCCAGAGGUAAGAGUCUACGAUCUCUCCAAAUAUGAGCAUGAAGCAGAUGACGUGCUGAUCCUGGCUACCGAUGGACUCUGGGAUGUUUUAUCCAAUGAAGAAGUAGCAGAAGCAGUCACUCAGUUUCUUCCUAACUGUGAUCCAGAUGACCCUCACAGGUGGGUACACACUGGCAGCUCAGGACCUGGUGAUGCGAGCCCGGGGCGUCCUGAAGGACAGAGGAUGGCGGAUAUCCAAUGACCGACUGGGCUCAGGAGACGACAUCUCUGUAUACGUCAUUCCUUUAAUACAUGGAAACAAACUGUCAUGAAAGUGACCCAGGGGAUUGGGAGGACAGAAAGAAAACUGGGAUGCCUCUAAGCAGAACAGAACUGGGGAGUGCCUGGGCUGGAUUCCAGGUGAUACAAUUUCUUCCCAGCCCAGAUGGGGAAUUUGCUGCCAAAGGCCUCUGGCUUUGCUUCAAGGUGACCCUUAGGUUUCCAUUUCUUUAGUACCGGUCUGGAUACUGAAUAAGAACAAAAUGCACAGCCUGCUACCGGGUGUUCUAUUUCUCUUGGUUUCCAUUGUAGGGCUCCUAGGGGGCUAUUGCCUAUCUGGAGCACAGGCAUAACCUUAUUUAUUUUAUCUAGAAAGCAGGGACAGCCAUUCCAGGUGUAACUGGCAGAAGACUCCUCAGCCUGUCAAGCUGCCAGCUUCUCUCCAGGUGAAGAGCCACACUGAAAAGUUGGGGACCCUGCCUCACAGUGUGAGCGCCCAUCUUGGAAGCUCCACUAUUUCAGGGAUUCUUCCUUGUUCUGUCUUGUCCCUUCUCUCCAUCUCCCUCUGUUUCUCUGGAUUCUUUUCUGGUAAUGAUAGGGUGUGAGGCAGAUUUUUUCCCCGCUUUGACAUUCCUUGAAUCUUUCUCAUUUCUCUCCACUGGGACUUCCAACUCGUUGCUGGACAGUUUCCAUAUCAGGCUAGCCCGAUCUGGCUUGUCCCGUGUUCUGUGUCCCAUACACAAAUAUAGUUGUCCGGAGCAAUGCCCCGUGUGACAGUUUGUUGGAUAACGUUAACCCUGAGUUCUGUUUUCUCACCAAGCUUGGCUUCAGAAUGUGGGUGUCUCAUUGACCCCACAGACCCCCUGUUAUCUGAAGGUCCCUCUGCACAUAUUCCAAGGUCUUGCUGUGAAAGGCCAGUUUUUUCUUUCUGGACUGGGUGGAUGCUCUCCCACCUGGUGUGUCCUGACGAUGCAUAGGGAGCAGCAAUCCAAUACAGCAGCUUAGGAAGUUGCCCUGUCCAUCCUAAUGAAGUCGUACUUCAUUAGGGAAGAAUGUGGGAUUGAGGCUUGCCGAGUGGCUGACUGUUUUCCAGCCUCAGCCCCCCCCCCACCACCACCACAGGAAGAGGGAGUGUCACAGCUCUGCUAAGCAGUCAUCCUCCUCUCUUCCUGUCAUCUUUGUUCAAGGGUAGAUGGGAUGACACUUGAAUAAAAGUGAAUUUGACCUCGGGCUAGUCAUUGUGGCACUGCCUACCCUGUUCCUCAAAUGAAUCAUGCUGUAGAAGGCCUAGAGCCGAGACCCACUUUCCCAGUGUGCAUCAACCCCCACUGCUGCGCGGGCCCCACGAGCAUAGCCAUAGCUCACACGUGGGGUGGCAUCUGCCUCCUGCUGGAAGGGACAGCAGGCAAAGCCCCUGUCUCUUGAGCAAACGGCUGCUCUGCCUCAGACCAACAUCUGAUGGCUUAGUCCUGUCCUAUAGUCUUCCAGGAUAUCAACUUGGUGUGAUUCAGACACUCCUCCAACCCAGGGGGGAAAAGGGUAUAAUUUCCCCAAGAUGCUUGCGAGGCAAUUCCAGCUCUUGUGUGUUUAAGAAUUCCUUCCCAGAGGAGAGCAGAAGAGCAUAUAUCCUCCAGGCUGAUAAGUCAUCCGCAUUCCUGGGAUUGUAGAUAAUUUCUUAGGAAAGGCCUGGUGCCUUCCUCCUCACAAAGCCACCCCACUGUGUGUGUAGAGCCAGUACCCAGUCCAGCAGGUGACAUACUAUGCGUGUGCCAACUGGUUGCCCGAGAACUGGGGAGCAUCUUCAUCUGGCUGGGCACCCAAAUCUCCUCCUUCAGGAAGUCUUUACCACCCCAGACAUCUCUGUGGGGAGUGGUUUGUGCUGCUUCCGUGGCGGAUAGGAUGCUGUGGAAAGCGGUUGAAGCAUGUUCUAGGGGCGUGGUCCUCUUCCCACAUCUGCCCAGCUCUCAACGUCAUGUGCAAACGGGAAAUGGGAAAGCCUUGACUUCUGUGGAGGACCUGAGCCACCUUCUUUGGGAUAGUCCCAUGUCCCUAAUGCCUUCCAUAUUCUUACUUUUAUGCAUUCCUCCCUGGGUCUCACCUUGACCCCCUCCAGUCCUCCUCAGGCCACCAGGGUCAGAAUUUCUGAGUGUAUAAAUAUCUUCUAGGUGUUAUGACAACAUUCUCUCAAUUCAUUUACUGUCUAAGGAAAACCAAACAAAACCUGGAAAACCCAAAUUGAAAUUAAUCCUAAAACCUAGGGUCCCGCUGGUUUUAGUUGGCAACAUAUCCCGGAGUUCUCUUCAUGAGAAGAUGUUAGUCGAAGACUAAAGCCCUGUUUGUGUGUUCGGGGGAGGGAAGAUUACAAAUGAGGUGAAUAAAUCAAACGUGGGGAAAGCGAUUUGUUCAUGCAAUGGCAGAGCUACCCAGCGCUGAUAUUGCUCUGUGCAUUGGGCUUUUGGGACCUCAUGCUUCACCCAGGCUCCAGGUCACCCUGUCCCAGAACAGUAACUGUCCAUGUAUGUAACACGUUGGCCCUAGGAGCAUUCCUGUAAAGGUCAAAAGACAACACACUCGGAAUUCUGCGAACUGUCUGUGUGUUUAGAAAUAGCAUAUGACUGACUUAAAGCCACGCUGGCUUGCCCUAACGGCCUCGGGGGAAGCCGCGUGUAAUGGAGAGCGUUUGAUUUCCUAGUCAAGUCCUUAUGGGUGUCUUGGGGGUUGUGUGGCUACUUCCUCUAAUGAAAGGCUCUUCAGCCCUAAAUCUCUUUGCUCAGCCAGUCUCUGCUCUUGGUCUCAUGGUACCUCCCGAAAACAGUGUGAACUCUGAAGUGUUUCACUAGGCGGUAACGAAAAGCUUUGUUCUUCUGACACCAAAUGUCAGCAGCCAAAGAUGGGGAAGGGACCUGCUGGAGUUGUGUAUGCCCAAUGAUUGCCCUUGUGGCAGAAAGGGAGUGGUGACAAUGGGUUAGGCCAAACAUGCAGCUGUCUAGCCGGAACAAGCCGGUGUCUCAGUUAUUUUCCACAGUAUUCAAUCUUGGAGGAUUUGGGGCAUUGAAUUUUUCAAAUUCCUAGCGUCUUACCUCCGCGAGGCUAUGUGCAGCCAGCUGUCUCUUCCCACCACACUUCUCUGCAAGUCCCUUCCUUGAGGGGACUUCUACCCAUAGAUGGAUACUGAUGAGCAGGGAUGAGUCUCCCGAGCCAAAUUUCACUCCAGACUUUGGCCGUUUGGGCGGGGAAUUCAGCAUCCCAUGGCCACUAGUUUAGAGUCCCUUUGGGGGAAGAGUGUCUUUUUUAAAAUACCAACUCUCCUUUUGCUCUCCCCUCCCUUGCCUCCUCUUUCCUUGUUGGCCCGUCUGCUGCAUUUGCGAGGGCACAAGUGGUGUGUGCUUUUGCGUGUGCUAGUUUGAAGACAUCACCCCUCAAAUGAGCCAGGAUCUGUUUUCAGGGUGUGCAUGUUGUGCAAUGAUGAGAUUCAAAUUUCAGUGAGUUUGUGCUUCAGGGCCAGCUGGAGAAAAAAAAAAACACAAAAAACGAAAAUUGUCUAUGCAAGGAACAGACUGACCCUAAAGCGUCCCAGAUCUAAUGAAUAGUAGAGCAGACUUUAGCCACAGGACAGAAUUAUGUGUUUGGAGCUCAAAAUUGCUCUGUGGGCCUGUGGACCACAGCCCACCUCACUGAGCAAAUUUUGGGUGCUAUGUGGCAACGGGGCAUAUGUGUGUACACUGGAACUUUCAGAGGACACCACACGAGCAGCCUGGCUUACUUGCCUCUUCUGUGAGCCCUGUGGCCCUUCCGUCAGAUGUGAAUGCCAUCUGCUCUAAGUCCCCAUGUUCUCUGUGUAAAUAGCUUUAGUUUUUCCUUUGUGUCUUAGGUGAAGUUGUGUUCAUGUAGCAAUCAUGUAGUCGGUGACCAAAUAAGGCCGUAUGUGUACUGUUUUCAACUGGAUGUGCCGAAGAUGGAGAGGCUGUGUCCCCCACUCUUCCUCUCCCAAUUAGAUGAGUAUUUUGUGUGAGUUUAGGGGUCCCAUGGUUUCUCCUUCAUUCCUGUUUUGCCUCUGAUUUUCUUUGAUUCUUUGGAAACCCAGGGAUGCCCAUAGCAAUUAUCAUUUGUAAGAAUGAUGUAUGUCAUGGUCUGGGUUUCCAAAACUACUCCACGUACAGUGAUUUGAGAGGAAUCUGCCUGGGAAUGGAUUCAGAACCGUGUACCUUUCUGCUUUGUGAUUGUGGAACAUUGACUUUUGUAAACCCCAAAUGAAGAAGUGUUUAAAGGGGAUCUAUUUUGUGUGUUUUGAAACUUAGGUGCAAUGUCCCCUAGAAAAAGCUCAAGAACUGUAUAUGCUCAAUGACAUUUUAAAUAAAGUACUAUAUAUGUAUAUAUAAAUAUGUAUAUAGGACAUCUUUA